AUGCCUGAAACCGAGAUCAAUGAUGGAAUUUGUUAUAUCAAAGAACAAUAUGUCGCCCGACGACCUAACGAAGCAGAAGAAAAUAUUGAAAAGCAAUCGUGUAAACGAAAACUUGAGGAUAGUGUGAAUAAUGAUGAUGUCAAAAAAUUAAAAUGUGAGACAAAUGACGCUGUAAGUAAAGAUAAAGUUAGAAAAAGGGGACAAAACAAAGCCAGGCCAAAGACAUUCUCUAACGCAAGAGAAAACAAACCAUGUCCAAGUAUUGUCAAUAUUUCAUGUAAAGAAGAAAAACAACCAUGUACUUAUAACAAUUGCCAGUAUAUACACGACUUCCGAGAAUAUUUAAAAAUUAAAAAGGAAGAUAUAGGCAAAGAAUGUCAUGUAUUCAAACUUAGAGGCAGGUGCCCUAGGGGAAUUUCCUGUCGCUACGGAUCUAGUCAUAUAACAGAAGAAGGUUACAAUAUUGUAGAUGCGGAAAGAGAAAAGUUAUGUGUGGAGGAUACUAAAAACACAAUCCAAUCAUCCUUACAAACUCAUUUGCAAAAAAGAAAAUAUGAUUUUUCUGCUUCUGAAAACCUGGUAAAGUCCUUUGAUAAACAACGUAAGAGUAAUAAGAGUGAUUGCAAUUUAGAAAUAGAUCAUGCAGUGCCUAGCAAUGAAAAUAUAAAUAGUGGUGUUGUUACUGAUGAAGAUUUGGUCAAACUUUUACCAAGAGAAAAACGUAGUAUUGACUGGUGUGAUAAAUUGUAUUUAAGCCCUUUAACAACAGUAGGUAACCUUCCAUUUCGAAGAAUUUGUAAAUCCUUUGGAGCUGAUAUAACAUGUGGAGAGAUGGCACUUUGUGAAUCAUUACUUAAGGGUGCAAAACAAGAAUGGGCUCUGGUGAAAAGGCAUGAAUGUGAAGAUAUAUUUGGGGCUCAAAUAUGUGGCAACAAUCCCUUCACUAUCACAAAGGUAGCUCAACUACUUCAAGAUAAUUCAGAACUAGAUUUUAUAGAUCUCAACAUGGGUUGUCCCAUAGACUUGAUAUAUAAAAAAGGAGGAGGUAGUGGUAUGAUGCAUAGACUGCCAGCCCUAGAAACAUCAGUCAGGUGUGCAUCCCAAAUCUUAGAUAUUCCCUUUACUGUUAAAAUGAGAAUAGGUGUGUAUCAAGAUAAAAGAAUAGCUCACAACAUUAUGCCCCAAGUUAAGGAAUGGGGUGCUUCACUUAUUACUUUACAUGGUCGAUCUAAAGAAGCUAGAUAUACUAAACUAGCUGAUUGGGAAUACAUUGAAAGCUGUGCUAAAGCAGUCAAUCCACUACCUGUAUAUGGAAAUGGUGAUAUAUUAAGUUAUGAUGACUAUAAAAGUAGACGCGCCAUAGCACCAUCGGUUCAAGGGGUUAUGAUAGGUAGAGGAGCACUUAUAAAACCCUGGAUAUUUACUGAAAUAAAGGAACAAAAACUUUGGGACAUCAGUAGCAAUGAGAGGUUUGAGAUUAUAAGGAAGUACACAAACUAUGGCUUAGAACAUUGGGGUUCUGAUACCCAGGGUGUAGAAAAUACAAGACGGUUCCUUUUAGAAUGGUUAUCCUUUUUGUACCGCUACGUGCCUGUAGGUCUCUUAGAAAGACCCCCUCAGAAGAUUAAUCAGAGACCACCAAAUUACUUUGGACGAAAUGACUUGGAAACAUUAAUGGCAUCUGGUAACUGUUCAGACUGGAUUAAGAUUACAGAAAUGCUAUUAGGGCCUGUCCCAGAUGAUUUUAUAUUUUUGCCAAAGCAUAAAGCUAACUCAUACUAG